CAUUUGUAUUGGCAUUCAAUUUGGUAUUGGCAUUUAAAGACAAUAUUGGAAGUUGGCAAAAGGCAAAGGGUCACAUAUAUUUAUAUAAUAAGCGAGGAAAAUGUGUCCAUUUCCAUAAGCCUUGGGAGAUUGGAAGGAGAAGGCAAGAAAGAAUGGAGUCAUUUGACCACGGAUUUAGAAGACUUUGAAAACUCCGAAACAGCCUUCCUUCUAUUACUACUGCUUGCUUAUUUUUUCAUCUUGUUCAUUAAUUAAUUAAAACCCAAAUCGACUUCAUCUUCAUCAUCAUCGCUUGGUUUUCUGGACCCUCUCCCCCAACUUUGAGCGAGACCCAGAUCAGUAUCGCAGCCAACAAGGACCCCAAUAAAUUGAGGGGUUUUAUAAUUCGUUUGAACAAGUAGAAGAAGGAGAAAUCUUGAACCGUUUUGAAAUCGUUUGAAGAUGGCUGGAGUGCAAGACCAAUUGGAAAUCAAGUUUCGGUUGAGUGAUGGAUCAGAUAUUGGCCCCAAAAGCUUUCCUGCUGCUACAAGUGUUUCGACCUUGAAAGAAAGUAUUCUUGCGCAAUGGCCUAAAGACAAGGAGAAUGGUCCAAGGACUGUUAAAGAUGUCAAGCUGAUAAGUGCAGGAAAGAUAUUGGAGAACAACAGAACAGUUGGGGAGUGCCAAAGCCCAAUAUGCGAUGUUCCUACAACUAUGCAUGUCGUUGUUCAACCACCUUCUUCGGAGAAAGCAGAAAAGAAAAUGACAAGUGAACCGAAGCAGAACAAAUGCGUCUGUGUUAUAUUAUAAUUUUUGCAGUUCAAAUAGUGGGGAUAACAUCAUUUUUAGGUAGAGAGAGAGUUGGAGCUAGUGAAGAAAAUGGAUUUGGUGAAACUGAUUCAUCUAUAUUGGAAAUAUGCAGGCUUCAUAGAAUCAUGUCAUUGUUUUGUUCAGGUCCAUCAUACUUUGUUUGUUUUCAACUCUAUUAGACUAUGCUAAAUCAAACAAUCUUAUAUAAGAUUUUUAUGUAAAAAGUUCAUGGGUGUACCUACUGCAUUUGUUUUCAUAUAUUACAUUUCACGUUUCAUUCACCAUGUAUAAAUAUUGAUGGAUGAUCUUGGAAAUCAUACUUUAUGACAGAGGAAUUGCCAGA